AUGGUGAGGAGUGAUCCGUGGCGGACGGAAACGCGCCAUGGGGGUGGCGAUCUGGGAUAUCGCCAGGAGACGGGAGCGUAUCGCUCGCCGGAUGCAAGUUAUCGCCGUCGCGAAGAUCGGAGGCGCGGGCGAGGCUUGGAAGGACUGUUUUCGGGCCGAGAGGGAGACCUCAACGCUGGCGGAGUAGAAGAAAGCGACGCGGCGGACACCUCGCAGGAGUCCGAGCACGGCGAUGCGGCGGGGAACGGCGCCGACGGCCGGAAGGAGGACGUGAGCAAGCAGCGCGACGUGCCUGCAGAAGCAACAGAAGCAGAUCUCGCGCAGGCGAGCGUGGCGGCAGAGACAAGCGCGGUGGAGGCGGACGGAACCAGCGGUGCUCGAAACCCGCCGCGCAACGGAGAGGAGCGUGGCAGCGGGAGGCGUAGCAGCAGCUCGCGCUCUCCAGAUUUGCGUCAGCAAUGCGACGCGGGAUGCGGCGACGGCGUGCGCUCGCCAGAUCACCGGCGCACUUGUGAUGGGGGGCGCGGCGACGGCAUGCGCUCGCCAGAUCCGCGGCGCACUCGUGAUGGGGGACGCGGCGAUGGUGUGCGCUCGCCAGAUCCGCGACGCACUCGUGAGGGGGGAAGCGGCGACGGCGUGCGCUCGCCAGAUCCGCGGCGCACUCGUGAUGGGGGACGCGGCGACGGCGUGCGCUCGCCAGAUCCGCGGCGCACUCGUGAUGGGGGACGCGGCGACGGCAUGCGCUCGACAGAUCCGCGGCGCACUCGUGAUGGGGGACGCGGCGAUGGUGUGCGCUCGCCAGAUCCGCGACGCACUCGUGAUGGGGGAAGCGGCGACGGCGUGCGCUCGCCAGAUCCGCGGCGCACACGUGAUGGGGGACGCGGCGACGGCGUGCGCUCGCCAGAUCUGCGGCGCACUCGUGAAGGGGGACGCGGCGACGGCAUGCGCUCGCCAGAUCCGUGGCCGCUGCAUGAGAGGAGACACGGAAGUGGAUACCACUCGCCAGAUUCGAGGCAACACCGGGACACCGGGGAGGCGGAUAUCGCUCACCGCAUCGGCAGCAGAGCAGGGAUGGGAGGCGCGGUGGUGGGUCUCGAUCGCCUGGCCGGUAUUGGCAGCACGACGGAAGAUGUGCCGGACAGGGAGGGCGGGAGCAACAUGGCGAUAGAGAAGAAAGCAGUGGGCUGGUGCACAGCCUGGAGCGAGCCAAGGAAGCAAGGGAGGGCCUACAGCGGGCAAAAGGAAGGGGAGCAUCAGGGAGAUCGGUGGGAGGGCCGAGCGAGGCAUGGGGAGAAGGAAGGGGAGGCACGGCCGUGGGCAUGA